AUGCACUACGUGUUCCACCGUUUGAAUCAUACCGUCGGAGACGCCCUCGGAGACCCCAAGUGCAAGAAGCUUUGCUCUGAAGUGGAGGGUGUAUUGAGGAUAUGCUAUAAUUUCCUUGCACAAAGCUCAGUGCAGAAGAAUGCAUACAAAAGGGUUAUCCAACACUUCACGGCAGAAACUCUCCCGGUAGCCUGGUGUGAAACCAGGUAUAAGCUACAAGACCUGGACCAGGGCGCUCAUGGGUUGCGGAAGUAUUCAUGGAAACAUGAUACUGACGUGAAUGUCUUCGCGAAGUGA